AUGUUGAGACGCGCUGCUGCUGCAACAAAUCCUUCCUUUUCUGCUGCUUCUGCUGAGGCUGCUUGUGUGCUGUUGAACAACGCGACCACGAGGAUGAGCAGAGUGUGGGGUUCAGUUUUCGCGUCGACAUCAAAAUCAUCAGCUUUUUUCUCUUCUUCUUCCGUUGCUUUGAAUGAUGCGUCGGAAUCAUUUUCAUCAAAAUCAUCGUCAACCCCGAUUGCCAUUUUUGCGAGAACGACAACAACAACAACAACAAAAUUAACAACGAAUAAUACUAAUAAAAGAACGUACGCCUCGCAAGCGAAAGCGGUGGACGCGUUAUUCAAACGCCCUUUACCGCACAAAACGCAAGAACAGCUCAUUAAAUCCGCGCAGAGGUUUGGACCGAAACGACCCGGGUUGAUUGCCGUGAAAGCAGGCAUGACGUGCGACUGGGACGAGUGGGGGAAACGACACCCUUUGACGGUUUUAUGGAUCGACGAUAAUCAAAUCGUCCAGGUGAAAACGGAAGAGAACGAAGGGUACAGCGCGGUUCAAGUUGGAAGCGGGUAUAAGAAACCAAAAUCGGUGACCAAACCAGAGCUCGGGCACUUUAUUAAGGCGCAAGUGCCGAUUAAAAGGUUUCUGAGCGAGUUUCGCGUGACGCCGCCGACGAUGAAAAUGUAUAAAGAAGACGAGGAAGGAGACGAUGAUGAUGACAACAACAAUUUAGAUGUAGAAACUGUAGAAAUUAAAGGUGCUAGGGAGUAUAAAGUUGGAGAGGAGUUAAACGCGAACCAUUUCUUUGCUGGACAGUACGUGGACGUGCAAGGGGUCACCUCGGGCAAAGGUUUCGCCGGGCCGAUGAAACGGUGGGGUUUCUCCGGGCAACCCGCCUCGCACGGGAACACGAAGAAACACCGCGCGCACGGGUCGAUCGGUCAGUGUCAAGAUCCGGGGAGAGUCUUUAAAGGGAAGAAAAUGGCUGGACAAAUGGGCGGGAGAAAACGAACCGUCCAGAACUGUUUCGUGUAUAAAAUCGAUAGCGAACGAAAUUUAGUGUACGUGCGAGGCCAAGUCCCGGGGAGGAAAGGAUCGAUCGUGAAAGUUAGAGACGCUUUGCGCAAGAGAGCGACCGUGGAGGAAUUAGAGGCGCAAAUAGGACAAAUUGGCGUGACGAUUGCGCCCAAGAGUAGCAAAGAUCCGUACUCCGCGUAUAACAAGGAUUAA